AUGGUCUCCUCUCCCAAGAGGAUGCUGCUGCUCAAGGCAUCUGCUUUCUUCCUCUUCCUCUCCUGGCUCUGCUCUGCCUCCUCGACCUCUACCCCGCAGCGUCUGUUGGUGGGAGUUGCCGAACUGCCUCCGAGGAUCUCGAGCGCUCCUGGCCACCGCACGCUGUCCACGCUCAACUUGCGAGGAGGAAACUCCGACGACGACGAUGAUUCUGGGAAGUCGGACAAGCAGAGUGAGAUUUUCGAGGAGGAGGAGGAGGGGGGGGAGGAGGGUGAUGAAGAAAGCCUGAUAACCAUGCUGAAAAAUUUCACGCUGGAUAUUCCCGCCGAGAUUCUGGACACUCAGAGCAACAGCACGAGAGACUUGGUGUCUGACUUCGAGCAAAGGAUCAACGAUCUCGUGCCGCGCUGGCCGAAGAAGAGGCUCAAUCGCACCCUCGGCCGCCUUGCCGAUCUGUUCUCUGACCACUUGCCGACGGUUUACAACUAUGCGCUCGCGCUAUACGAGUAUGGAGACUACCAGCGAGCGGAAAUCUAUUUCACCAAGGCGCUGAAUCUUCCUAGGAGAGAAGAAUGGUGA